AUGAAGUUCGACAACCCAAAAGUCCCAUCUAGAGUGCCCAUAGAGGGCGGUUUGAGGCCAGGGAUGACUGUUUACUUCAAGGGAACUGUUCACUCCAAUGUAAACAGGUUCGCCUUUAACCUGCUGUGUGCACACAGCAUAGCCAUGCACUUCAACCCCCGAUUCAGGGGCUGGAGUGGAGUGGUGUUCAAUACCCGUCAACACCGCAGAUGGAAGCGUGAGGAGAGGACCCGUCAGCCUUUCCAAAAAGGGGCUGACUUUGAGGUGCUUUACACAGUCACCCCAGAGGGAUACCAGGUGGAUGUUAAUGGUGCGCUGCUCCACCUGUUCAGGCAUCGCAUGCCGGCGGAGCAGGUGAUAGGCCUAAAUUUCAAUGGGAAUAUCAGUUUGGAGACUAUCAUCAUCGGGAGCAUCCCACUUUUAUAUUCAAUUGAUGGUGGUCUGAAAACUGGAAUGUCUGUGUUCAUCAAAGGACUGGUUCACUGUGACAUCAACAGGUUCCACGUCAACCUGCAGCAUGGGGACCAGAAACGCUGUGACAAAGCCUUACACUUCAACCCUCGGUUUAAGCACCAAGAGGUGGUGGUGUUCAACACCUUCCGGAACGGCAGAUGGGAAAAUGAGGAGAGACCCGGUGGGAUGCCCUUCACAAAGGGGGAAGUCUUCGAGCUGGUCUUCACUGUCACCUCAGAGGGCUACCAGGUGAAAGUGAAUGAUAAUGAGUUCUACUUGUUCAAGCACCGCAUGCCAGUGGAGCACGCGAGUGCCAUUAAGAUCGCUGGGGACGUCUCCAUACAGACCGUCGACAUAACUCAGACACAAGAAGUGGACAUACAGAUAUGUGAGUUUGGAGGACCAGUGAUAUGUGCCUUAGGUCCAGCAAUUAUGGCACCACCAGUUCUGGAACCACCAGUUCUACCAGUAAAGAAGAUUGACCAGGAUUUGGAUCCCAUCUAUUGUGGUUUGAGGGCAGGGAUGUCUGUGUACUUCAAAGGAACUGUUCCCAAAGACUGUCGCAGGUUCAGCAUCAAUCUAUACUGUCAGGAGCAGAAGAGCCGUGACAACGCCUUCCACUUCAACCCCCGAUUUGAUACCAAUAUGGUGGUGUUCAACACCUUCCGAAAUGGCAGAUGGGAAAAUGAGGAGAGGCCCUCUGAGAUGCCCUUCAGUAGGGGCGAGAACUUUAAGCUGGUCUACAUUAUCACCUCAGAGGGCUACCAGGUGAUUGUGAACGACAGUCCCUUUCACAUGUUCAAGCACCGCAUGCCGUUGGAGGAUGUGACCGCCAUAAAGUUCGUUGGGGAUGUAGCCAUUGAGGCCAUCAACAUCGCAGAGAGUUUGUGUUUCAGGGAGGAGACAGAGGCAUGCAGGGACUACUUCAUCUAG